AUGGCUCUCGAUCUCACUGAUGGCUUUAACCCAGCCAACGAGCUGCAGGCCAACGGCCAUGACCUGCCUAUCUUCACCGUGGAGGCGGCGCAACUCGGCUUCUCAGUGACCGCCGAUUUUGUCGCCGCCCAAGUGGCCAACGAUGUUAUGAUCCUGGCUCUUUCCAACGGGCGAAUCUUGCGGAUAGACCUUAACAGGCCAGAGGAUAUUGAUGACAUCGACCUUCCCAAGAAAACAUCCGAUGUUGGCGUGAUUCGCCGCAUGUUCCUCGACCCCACAGCUUCGCACCUACUUAUCUGUACCUCUCUUUGCGAAAACUACUAUCUACACUCGCAGUCGCGGCAGCCUCGGCCACUAGGAAGACUUCGAGGCGUCCCGAUCGAAAGCGUGGCUUGGAAUCCUGCCCUGCCCACUGCAUCUACCCGAGAGUUUCUCAUAGGCGCAUCCGACGGCAAUAUAUACGAAGCAUUUAUCGAAGUGUCCAACGAGUUCUACAAAAAAGAAGUCAAACAUCUGAAGAGCCUCCACAAACUUCCGGAUGGACCCAUCACAGGUCUUUGGGUCGAUAAUCUGGACGGACGAUCAGACUUGCGCAGAGUCGUCAUUGCCACACAAAGCCGGCUGUUUCAUCUCGUCGGCAAGACGGGAACUGGCCAUGACGGCAGUGGAUCUGUAUACUCACGGCUUUUUGAAUCAGAGCAUCCUAUCAUUCAUGAGAUCUCGCGCUCCUCGACGACGGCGCAUUCCUCAUUGGCUAUUUCACCUGAUCCGCGAGAGACAGAACCGUACCAAGAUCGCCAGCAAGAAAAAGCAUAUGCCUGGCUGUCAUCGCAAGGCAUUUUCCAUGGAACGCUGCUGCGGUCGCCCGCGGAGCAGACGCUUGGCUCCAAAGUAUUUGCAGAAUCGAAGACGCUGUCCCGUGCUCAGAUCAUCUCGGACGCAUCGGGGAAAAAGAAGGCUGGACCGGAUAAUAUUGAUGCCAUGGCCUUGACACAGUGGCAUAUUAUCUGCUUGUUAGGAGGACGGGUUGUGACUAUCAACCGCCUUACCGGCCAAACGAUAUCGGAACAUGAUGUUCUUAAGGGCGGCCAAAGAGCAAUUGGAUUCGCCGUCGACAUGCAAAAAUACACAUUUUGGCUAUUCACAGGCCAAGAGGUGUUCGAAAUCGUGCCCAAUGACGAGGACCGCAACAUCUGGCGGAUUCUGAUGGACUCGCAGCAUUUUGAAGUGGCGCUUCAGCAAGCCCGUGGCCAAGACCAAAAAGAGACGGUCGCUGCGGCUUACGGCGAUUACAUGACUAAAAAGGGGAACUGGAAAGAAGCAGCAGCUCUGUACGGAAAUAGCAACAAGCCCUUUGAGGAUGUGGCACUUCGCAUGAUUGACAACAACCAGCAUGAUGCACUGCGCAGCUUCCUUCUCACCAAGUUGGCUGCCACCAAGCGAACGGCAACUAUGCAAAGAAUGAUGAUUGGCAGCUGGCUUAUUGAGAUCUUCAUGGCCAAGCUCAACUCACUAGACGACACCAUUGGCACGCGCGCAGAAUUGUCCGAGUCCCUUAACACUACUGAAUCUCAAAAGCUUCUUCAAAGUGUGAGAAAAGACUUUCAAGAAUUCGCCAUACGCUACAAGAAUGAUCUGGACAAGAGGACAGUCUAUGAUAUCAUCAGCAGCCACGGACGAGAAGAGGAACUGCUGUUCUAUGCCAACUCGAUCAACGACUACCAAUAUGUGCUCUCAUAUUGGGUACAGCGCGAAAAUUGGGCAAAGGUCUUGAAUGUGUUGAAGAGACAGACGGACCCAGAAGCUUUCUACCGUUACAGCACUGUUCUCAUGACACAUGCGCCACAAGAGACAGUCGAAAUCUUAAUGCGACAUGCAGAUCUCAAACCUAGAAGCCUCAUACCAGCGCUGCUGGAGUACAGCCGUUCAAAUCCCAACGAACCGAAUGUGAAAAAUCAGGCAAUCAGGUAUUUGAACUACGCUAUCCACCAGCUCAACUCAAAGGACUCUGCUAUUCAUAACACCCUUGUAUCCAUAUAUGCUUCCAACCCGUCCAAAGACGAGUCUGGUUUACUUUCAUAUCUUCAAGCGCAGGGUGAUGAGCCGCGCUACGACCCGGAUUUUGCGCUGCGUCAAUGUAUUCAACACCAUCGCACACUUUCCUGCGUCCAUAUCUACACCAGCAUGGGCCAGUACUUGCAGGCAGUGGACUUGGCCCUCUCACACAGCGAAGUAGAGCUUGCCGCUGUAAUUGCCGACCGGCCAAUCACGAACCCGCAGCUCCGAAAACGGCUGUGGCUUGCCGUCGCACGAAAGGUUAUUUCCCAGUCAGACGGAAUCAAGUCUGCUAUCGAAUUUCUACGCCGCUGCGAGCUACUCAAGAUUGAAGAUUUGAUCCCCUUCUUUCCGGACUUUGUGGUAAUCGAUGACUUCCGAGAGGAAAUUUGUGAGGCGCUGGAAGACUACAGCCGCAGCAUCGACGACCUCAAGAGAGAAAUGGACGAAUCAUCACAGACUGCAGCUAACAUCAAGAUGGACAUUGGGGCGCUCGACCAUCGCUACGCCAUUGUAGAGCCCGGCGAAAAGUGCUACGUGUGUGGCCUGCCGCUGCUCAGCAGGCAGUUUUUCGUCUUUCCUUGCCAGCACGCCUUCCACUCUGACUGCAUGGGCCGCAAGGUUCUGGAGCAGGCUGGGGUAGGAAAGUCGGCACGAAUCAAGGAGCUGCAGCUGCAAAUCCACAAAGGCCUUGUGAGUGGCGCAAAGAGAGAGAUUGUUGUGGCAGAGUUGGAUUCCCUGGUCGCCUCGGCCUGCAUCCUUUGCAGCGAUUUUGCAAUCAAGCAGAUCGACGAGCCUUUUAUUGCGGAGGGAGAAACGAACGAGUGGGUGUUGUGA